GGUAGGGGGGUAGGUAGGUAGUUUACGUAUGUCGGUAGUCUACCUGCCCUACUUAGGUAGUUUACAUAGCUACCUACCUAGGGAGGUUUUCAUCUCUGAACCGGGUGCCCCCGCUUCUGGAGCUGCAGAGCUUGCAGUUGGUGUUUGUAGCAAGACAUGCAUACCACAUGCUAUGUAUUUGUCGCGUAAUGCUGGCCGGGAGAAUACGUCAGCCUGUCGAUUGCACCACGGCGGCCAGCCAACCAGCCAAACAUGCCGCAGUCA